AUUUUUAAAUUUGGGGAAUGAAUAUAACAAAUUAAUUGAAAUACAUUCACAUUGUAGAAUUUGACUGUUAGAGGUGAAGCCUAUUAGACAAGUCAAUGCAUAUGAAUUCAUCUUCCAGUUGCAGGAGUUUCAGUGGAGCCAUUAUAAUCAUUCUUCAGAGGUUAGGCCAGAGAGCUAAAGUAAUGAGAUAAUGAAAAUGUUAUCAUGGGCAAAUAUAUUCGUUGCAUUAUCUAAAUAUGGAGGUCAUUGAGUGAUCACAGGACUUGACAUUUUUCACUGGCCUACAGAGCAAAAAGUAAUUUGCCACAGCAACUGGUUUGACACAGGAGAAGACAGUUCCAAUGACCUAGUUUGACUCUUGAAAAAUGCAUUGGAUUUGUCGCAUGAAAAGAGUUACACUAACUGUUCCAAAGGUUAAGAAGCAACAUUUUUAUUAUUUUGGGAAUGGGGUUCCACUUAGAAGUACGUUGGCCAAUAAAUAUUCGAAGUAAAACUUCACGAACGGGAUGGUUGCAGUCAGUCACGACGCUAGAGGGCACUCUUUCUCAAAACGCACCUCUUUAAGCAGGGACUCGGCGAGUUCUAUAAUAACAGCAUAAGGUCACAAACGUCGGUAUGGAACGAUGUUGCCUUUGCUUUGGAAUCUACGGUCAUCGGUAAAAUGAGAGAAACUUGAAACUUUCCUUGUGUGCAUUCAGGGAAAGACCAAGAACAGCGAGACUCAGCUGGUGUGGUUAUUGCAGAAACUGGGAGAAGUGACAGAUCCCGUCCACAUGUCUUAUGCAAACUGACACAGCCUGACUUCCACUCCUCACCCCGAACCUCUACAUCUCAGUCUCUGCCCUUCACCUUGCUACCUCAGUCCGUGUCCUUUAACCCCUUUCUGUUUGCUGUCUCUCAUAUUUCUCUCGUCUCCCUUUCUCUUUCUGUCUCCUCUUCCUCCACGCUAUGGUGCGCCACAGUAAAUUGCAGAAACAAGUACUGUCUCUGUAUCGGCAGUUCCUGCGCGCUGGGCAAGACAAGCCUGGUUUUCUGCCGCGCAUUCGCGACGAGUUUCGUGUCAAUGCUCGCAUCCCGAAGACCGACGUCAUGCAUAUCGAGUACCUCUACCGGCGCGGCCAAAGGCAACUCGACCAACUGAAAGACGUUAACACCAAGCAGCUGGGGGCCUUCCUGAAGCCCAAGGAGAAAAGCUGACCAUUGCAACUCACCCUAUUGUUGUUACCACUAUUAUGGUCAGUUGUUUUCAAUGUAUAGUACUCUUGUUCUUCAGUUGUAGCAUAUUCCAGGCGGUCAGAGAUAAUGAGGGCAAGGGUAUGUACCCUCUAUUACCUUGUUGUCAAUGAUAAAAUGAUAGGGGGUUUUAACAGGACAUUGCCCUUGACCACUUACGCAGUCUCCCUUGUUUCCUUCAUAGUGUGAAGGGUGAUACCGCUUUAGCAAUAGGUAUUUGUCACAAUGAAACACAAACCACUGCUCUACAUACACGUGAAAAAGUUGAAAUUGACUGACAAGUGUAUUUUUCAGUGUUCAUAAAAUUCCUGCAUUUUAAUGUAAAACGCUGUGUUCAGGGUGCCUGGGGAUAUUCAUUAGGGGCUGGUAUUUGUUUUAUGCAAAACAUAAUUUGAAUUGAACACGAAUGCAGUUUACAGUAAGGGGUGAUGCUGCAUAUCUAUAUCCAUGCUUUAAUGGACCAUGUUUAUGGUACUGCCAUCUGAAAAGAGGAUUUAGAGUUUCCAUUGAAGCUGUGGAGUACAGAGGUGACUUCACGGAUAAUAAAAUUAAA